GUUCAGAUCACCAGAGAACCUGAAGCACAAUGGACGAAUCAACAGGCAGGCCAACCAAGAAAAAAGUAGUGGUGGUGGGCGGUGGUCUGGUUGGGGCACUGAAUGCCUGCUUCUUUGCCAAAAGAGGCUUCGAUGUGGAAGUCUUUGAAACCCGGGAAGAUAUCCGGCAAGCCAAAGUAGUGAAGGGAAGAAGCAUCAACCUGGCUUUGUCUCACAGGGGCCGGCAAGCACUGAAGCAGGUUGGGAUGGAGGACAAGAUUGUCUCUCAGGGGAUCCCCAUGAAUUCAAGAAUGAUCCAUUCCCCGAGUGGGAAACAGUCGGCGAUCCCUUAUGGCAAGAAAGGCCAGUUCAUCCUGUCAGUGGACCGAGCCAAUCUGAACAAAGAGCUGCUAACGGAGGCAGAGACCUAUCCAAACGCAAAGUUGAACUUUGACCACAAACUGCAGGACUGGAGUGCUGAAAAGGGGCUAAUGACCUUUGCCAGGUCAGAUGGGUCCGAAAAGCAGAUCAAUGCGGACCUGAUUGUGGGCUGCGACGGAGCUUUCUCUGCCAUCCGCAAGCAAUUCCUCCGCCGCAGCCGCUUCAACUACAGCCAGACCUACAUUCCCCACGGCUACAUGGAGCUCACCAUGCCCCCCAUCAACGGAGAGUUUGCCAUGAAGCCUAAUUAUCUGCACAUCUGGCCCCGAAACACAUUCAUGAUGAUCGCCCUGCCCAACUUGGACAAGACAUUUACCUGUACCCUCUUCAUGCCCUUUGAUGAGUUCGAGAAGAUCACCACGGGCAACGAAGUCAUCGACUUUUUCCAGACAUACUUCCCCGACGCCGUACCACUGAUAGGAGUCGAUGCUCUCAAGGAGGAUUACUUCCGAUUGCCUGGGCAGGCCAUGGUGUCCAUCAAGUGCUCCCCGUAUCACAUUGGAGACAAAUGCGUCCUUAUGGGCGACGCAGCCCACGCAGUGGUGCCUUUCUACGGGCAGGGGAUGAACGCUGGCUUCGAGGACUGCAUUGUCUUUGGAGAAGUACUGGAUCAGCUCAAUGAGGAUUUCAGUGCUGUGCUGCCAGAGUACAGCAGGAUGCGAGUUCCAGACGACCAUGCGAUUGCAGACCUGGCCAUGUACAACUAUAUUGAAAUGCGAGCCCACGUCAACUCCAAAUGGUUCAUUUUCCGAAAACAUGUUGAUAACCUCCUCCACGUCCUCAUGCCAAAGACAAUAAUUCCCCUUUACACAAUGGUCACUUUCACCAGGACAAGGUACCAUGAGGCUGUGGACCGCUGGCAUUGGCAAGACAAAGUGAUAAACCGUGGCUUGCUGUUCAGUGCAACAGGAGCUGUUUUGGGAGGCUCCUACCUGCUCAUUAAAAACCCUCCUGAUAUCAGCAAGCUCAUCAUCCCCGCUGAGAAAAUGUGGGACAGGCUCGUGGCGCUCUGGACCCACUGAGCACUGGCUCUGAUCUGACAGACGAGUGCAAAGCAACACUAGAACUGAGGAGAUCCACAUUUUAAUUAGAGUUUGAUUGAAUCCUCUAAUGAACACGAUGAGAGGCUCUGCCUGCCAAAUGAAUGUAGUGAAAUAAUGAUCGUCUGAACUUAUGCUAGACACGUUGAUUGAUUGUAGGAGUUCUUGACAUUUUAUCGCUAUUUGACUGAAGGAGCCCAACAGAUUGGAUUGUUUACAUGACAUCCUCACCUUUUGCACAAUUUGCAUUGUGAAAACAAAAAUGUCAGUAUUAAACCCACUGGCCAAGGCCGGGGUACGUGCUGUACGAGUUUACAUAGAUGCUUACACAUGAAUUGCAAAUGCAUGUUCCCUCAGCUUAUAGUUAGUCAGAUUUGUAUUUUGCCUUUGGCUCCAUCUCUCUCAUCCUGUUUAUGCAGUGAUUAUUUUGGGGGCCAAUAUCCAGUCUGUCAACAAAUUCUUACACCUGCAGUUUGUACUUUUUAAAAAGUACCAACCAUCGCAACCCAGUUAACAAUCAGCCAUAUCUUUAAAACGUGAGAAGAGUGAAUUUGUUCAUAAAAUGAACAUUCCUGUUUUACUGCCAUCACCUUAUAUUAUCUUUUAUAGGUAAAUUAGCCAUUUCAAGAGAUAUGCACUUGAUAAAUCACAACUUUGUUUUGUGCAGGUGUUAAUGAGAACAUAUUCACAAAUACAUGCUUUUGAUGCACAUGGACUCCGCCUAAAUGCAUUUAGUUUAGAGUUCACUUUGAGUUAUUUUUAUUUCCUGUCAUCAGUAAGGAAAUCAGUUAAAUUGGCUACAAUUAUCAAAACAAUACAAACAUUCAGACUUCCUCAU